GGAGGGGGACAUGGUCAGAAAAGCAGACAGGCUUUUAGGCAGGGUGGGAAACGCAGACCGCCAGCCGUAUACACACUAACACACAUGCACAAAAGCAGAGCUCAAAGGAUUUCAAAUGGGACCGUGUAACUUUUGCUGCCCGGUGUGGAUCUAAGGGCCUUUUCUGUGUCGGAAUGGCCGGCACUACGAGAUGGAAAGGAUGCUGGGUAAGGAACUCCAGAGAGUUAGACUGAUCCCACAACGUAUCUCUAUUUCUCCCCGCAUCAGAUCCUGGAGCUCAGGACUCGGUCAUGAACUUUGCUCUCUCUGUACUGAGGCUGAUGUGCCUGGCCUGGCUGGUGCCCGUCGUCCUUCUCAAAGGAAGCAACACGCAAAACCAGCGCAGGCACAAGGACGUCUACCUGGGCGAAAACACACGGCACAAACAUGGAGGACGAAUAGACUUUAAAACGAAGAAGUCUGACAGCACCAAAUCUCUGCUGAUUAAAUCAGAGCAGCUCUUGCGAAUUGAAGAUCACGACUUCGCCAUGAGGCCUGGUUUUGGAGGUUCGGCUAUUCCAGUGGGCAUCGAUGUGCAGGUGGAGAGCAUUGACAGCAUUUCAGAGGUCAAUAUGGACUUCACCAUGACAUUGUACCUUAGGCAUUACUGGCAGGACGACAGACUGGCCUUCCCCUCCAGCAAUAACAAAAGCCGAACUUUUGACGCUCGGCUGGUGAAAAAGAUCUGGGUGCCUGACGUCUUCUUUGUUCACUCCAAGCGUUCUUUCAUUCACGACACCACCAUGGAAAACAUCAUGCUCAGAGUCUAUCCAGAUGGAAACAUUCUCUACAGCGUCAGAAUCACAGUGACGGCUCUCUGCUCUAUGGGCUUCAGCAGGUUUCCUCUAGACACACAGAACUGCUCUCUAGAGCUGGAGAGUUGCUGGUAUAACAGGCUGUACAUAAACUUCAUCCUCAGGAGACACAUAUUCUUCUUCAUGCUGCAGACAUACUUUCCCACAAUGCUAAUGGUCAUGCUCUCCUGGGUGUCCUUCUGGAUCGACAGGAGAGCCGUACCGGCCCGUGUCUCUCUAGGAAUCACAACCGUGUUGACCAUGUCUACUAUAAUAACAGGCGUCUCGGCGUCAAUGCCUCAGGUGUCUUAUGUGAAGGCGGUGGACAUUUACCUUUGGGCCAGUUUCCUCUUUGUUUUCCUGUCGGUCAUUGAAUAUGCUGCCGUGAACUACUUCACCACGGUGGAAGAGAUGAAAAAACUUCAGAAAGGAAAGCUUCCAGUUUCCUACGACGCAACCCAGGCUAUGGCCUACGAUGGCUGUUUUCACGAUGACAUAGAUGUAUCGCCUUUCCCCGAGCUCCCCACCACACCCAGCACGACGCGGACCAUCCCACCCAGAGCCUCCUCCACCGAGCCUCCACCCACCGAAGGCACGAGACUCUGGAGGAAACGCUCAGUCGGCAAAAACAUCCGAUUCAUAAUGAGCAACAGCUACAUGAUUGACUCGUACUCCAGAAUCAUCUUUCCACUGGCAUAUCUUCUCUUCAACAUCAUCUACUGGUGUAUCUACUCUUGAUCGUGUAGCUUGAGUUUUCUGAUCUGUCGCUGUAAUAAGUCCAGGAUAAACUAGUCUUAUUGCACAAGACAGUUGAACUUUGGGCCUGAGAUGGCUGUCAAAAUGAAAGCUCUGACAAUAAGCACAAGUGACCUGACAGUUUUGAUUAAGUGUAACUGGAGAAAGAUCCAGAUAGACAUUAGAUAUGGAGAUCUCUUAAACAUUUAGCAUUUCUUAUAGCAUGUGAAGGAAUGUCUUUUGUCAUAAACUCUCAACGCAGGGAGCAUGUUCAUCUCAUUCAAGGAUAUACUGUAGCUUACCUCACUCUUGUGACCAUUCUUAUGGGAUCCAUCCACCACCCCAGCUUUAUCUUCUAGAAUUCAUUAGAUCCGAGAGCGGAAACUCAAAACCAAGCCAACCUGCUUUAUAUGCUCAAGAAUUAUAUGAACUUGUAAACUUGUGAAUAAAUUAAAUAAAAGAACUCUCAAGCUAGUCUCGCAUAGUAGGACUUUUGACUCAUCAAAGUUUGGGCCGUGUUUUUUUCCUGUUAGAACCGCCCACUUGAACAGGAAGUAGCUGUCUAAGUGACAUAAAGGGACCAAUCACAGUUCAGUUUCAUCCAUGACAUUUUCUCUGCCAUUCAAAC